GAUGAAAAUGAAUUACUAAUAUUAAAAGCAUCCCAAUCUGCUGACACAAUCAUUCCAACAUUAUCAAACAACUCACAAAAUUAUUCGAAUUAUAAACCUACGAAUAAACUGCUUAAUGUCAAAACCUUUUCUAGGCCAAUUAAAUUUUCAAAAAAAAUUUGUG